AUGGCAUAUUCAGCGCUGAUCAUCCCAUCGGCUGCCGUCUUUCUGUAUCUUCUUCUGGCAUACUACCUGGCGGGAGAUCCCCGGCUUGUUCCACACACCAUCCAGCAAGCGCGGAACGUUCUCCUUGUCACGGCACAUCCCGAUGACGAGACUCUGUUCUUUAGCCCAACUAUUCUUCACGGCCGCAACAACCCGGACGUCACCCGUUCCUUGUUGGUAUUAUCGACAGGCGAAGGCGACUAUCAUGGCCAAGGAGAUAUCCGCAAAGGGGAGAUCGAACGCAGUUGCGCGGCUCUCGGCAUCCCCUCCGAUCGCUGUGUCGUCCUCGAGCAUGGUGCAUUACAGGAUAACCCAAAGAAGUGGUGGCGCCAGGAUGUCAUCCAGGAUAUAGUGGCUCAUUACGUUCACAUGUGGAAAGUGGAUCUAAAGAUCUAUACUUUCGACGAUGGUGGAGUAUCCGGCCAUAUCAACCAUAGGGCCGUCAGUGCCGGAGUUCGGUACGUCGACCAUACAUCACCACUGCGAAAAAGUCUGACUGUGAGUAGGAAAUAUGCAGAGAGCUUUCCGCAUGCCCCGCCGGUCUACGCGCUACAGAGUACAUUCCUCCUGCGCAAGUACUCGUCGCUUAUUGAUCUGAUCUUGACAUCAGUGCCAUUCUCAUGGCGCAUCGGAGCAGCGGUCUUGACAGCCCCACCGGUGCCCACAGAGCACGAUACAUAUGGAAAUAAAGCGCUGCUGGUAAGCCCGUGGCAGACCUAUCUUACUGCGCGAACAGCAUUCAGUCAGCAUGAUAGUCAGUACUCGUGGGAUCGCGUGCUGUACUUGGUAGUGAGCCGUUAUAUGUGGUUCAAUAAUCUAUACCGGAUAGCCUAA